AUGCAGGCAUACAGUGGAGAUGCAAUAAUGGGUGCUGCUGUACAACAACCCAAUCUUUUUACUAAAGGUUCUUCAACUUUUUUUCCCAAGUUGGGUACUACUACUGCGGAUAGAUUACCUUCUCAAGUUAGGUUUAGUUCCGUGAAGACUUGUAAAGCGGCGUCUUCUUCAAUCGAAGGGAGCUUGGUUACAGGAAGACCACCAUCUUCUGUAUCAGUUCCUAUUCCUGAGAUGGGAGGUAAUGGAAGAGGUUUUAUAGACCGUAAUUUGAGUGAGGCGGACCCUGAAGUAGGUUCAAUAAUUGAUAGUGAUAAGAAUCAUCAGUUUAACAGCUUGGAGCUCAUUGCUUCAGAGAAUUUUACAUCUCGCGCAGUGAUGGAAGCUGUGGGUUCUUGUCUCACAAACAAUUAUUCAGAAGGGCUUCCUGGUAAAAGGUACUAUGGUGGUAAUGAGUACAUUGAUGAGCUAGAGACACUUUGUCAACAAAGGGCUUUGGCUGCAUUUCACUUAGACCCAAAUAAAUGGGGAGUUAAUGUCCAACCUCUGUCUGGUUCUCCUGCUAACUUUGAAGUUUACACUGCACUUCUCAACCCACAUGACCGUAUUAUGGGUCUGGAUCUUCCUCAUGGAGGUCACUUGUCACAUGGAUUUCUGACUCCUAAAAGACGGGUAUCUGGGACUUCGAUUUAUUUUGAAUCGAUGCCCUACCGUCUUGAUGAAUCAACAGGCCUUAUUGAUUAUUAUAUGCUUGAGAAAACUGCCACCCUCUUUCGACCAAAACUCAUCAUUGUUGGUGCUAGUGCUUAUCCUCGUGAUUUCGAUUAUCCUCGAGUGAGAAAGAUUGCAGAUUCUGUUGGGGCUUUUGUCAUGAUGGAUAUGGGUCACAUAAGUGGUCUCGUUGCUGCAUCUGUACUUGACGACCCAUUUGAAUAUUGUGAUGUUGUAACAACCACCACU